UAAUACAGUAAUGCAGUGAUUUUAAUGAUUUGCACAUCAUUGCAUCCUGUUUUUAUUCACAUUUUGCACUGCAUCCCAACUUUUGUGGAAAUGGGGUUGUAUUAUAUGUUUUUCUCAAAUUAUUUCUUCUGCCAGGCCAUCUGAAGUCAGAUCUAGAUAUCAUUGUAGCUAGGUCUGCUCAUGGCACUGUGGAAGAUCACCAAGGUCCAGAUUUUGAGAGGAUAUGUCACACCUGGGAUUGUAGACCUAGUCCAGAUACACUUCUUCACUACAGAACUGCUCUGUUGCAGGAGCUGCUGUAAUUUACCUGGGGAGGGUUUAUUUGGAUAAAAAUGGCAUCACCAGAAGACCUGUUGUCACAGAGAAAUAAAAUACAGCGACAGAUUUUGGAGCUGGAGACAGCUCUAGGCGCGGACAGUAGUGUUAUAGAUUUGCUUUCGUCAUCCAGCGACAGUGAUGAGGAGUCAGAUGACAGUGGACAUGCAGGGGAGGAAGCGGCGUCAGAAGAUCUAGAGGCAAAGCGACAGCAAAUACAGAAGGAGAUUGAAGCAUUAGAGCAAACACUUGGAGUAGAUGCAGCACUGGUGGCUGGCUUGACGGACAAUGAACAUGGUACUGGCAGUCACAUGGAUUCUAGUGAUGAGGAUAGUGAUGAGGAGUUGGAUCUUCCUCAAGAUGUGGAGACUUGUCUGCAGAUGAAUCUGGUCUAUCAGGAGGUGCUGAAAGAAAAGCUAGCUGACUUAGAGCGCCUUCUCAGUGAAAACCGCCAGCAGCAGAAAGAGAUUGAAGCCCAGCUUUCCGGCCCUGUAUCUGCUUUUCCAGGGCUGCCUCACAUGAAACUUUACCUUGGCACCUUUAUGAAACCAUAUUUCAAAGACAAGCUCACUGGUCUGGGCCCUCCAGCAAAUGAAGAAACCAAGGAAAGGUUGAGUUACGGGACCAGGCCCUGUGAUGAGAUGAAAAUUAGAAGAUGGGAAGCAUGGCAGAAAACUUUGCUGAUCAACUCAGUAGUUUCAGACACUAUGAAACGCAUGCUACAGCCUAAAAUGUCCAAGCUGGAUUACUUGACUGCAAAGAUGUCCAAAGCAGAAGAUGUGGACAAAGAAACACUUAAAAAACAAAUAGUUUUUUUGGAGAAAGAAAUUGAAGAAAUUAGUUCAAUGAGUGAAGAGCAGCUGUAUGGGAAUCGCCAUGAUGAUCAUGAUUGGGACAAAAUAGCAAAUAUCGAUUUUGAAGGCCUACGACAACCUGAGGAUUUGGAGAGAUUCUGGCAGAAUUACCUGCAUCCCUCCAUUAACAAAUCAACAUGGAAACAGGAUGAGAUUGAAAAGCUUUCUGCUGUUGCAGAACAGUUCAAAUUCUGCCACUGGGACCAAAUAGCAGAGGCACUUGGCACCAACAGGACAGCUUUCAUGUGCUUCCAGACAUACCAGCGCUACAUUGCUAAAAAUUUCAGAAAGAGAGAGUGGACUAAAGAGGAGGACCAGGUCCUCUGUGACCUUGUACAGAAGAUGAGGAUCGGCAAUUUCUUACCAUACACUCAAAUUUCAUACUUUAUGGAAGGUCGUGAUCAUGCCCAGCUCAUGUAUCGUUGGACGUGUGUUCUUGAUCCCUCAAUAAAGAAGGGCCCUUGGUCAAAAGAAGAGGACCAGUUAUUGCUGAAAGCUGUGGAAAAGUAUGGGCCCAAGGACUGGUGGAAAAUCAGACUGGAGGUACCUGGCAGGACAGACAACGCAUGCCGAGACAGAUAUUUAGAUUGCCUCCGAGAUGAUGUGAAAAGAGGUGCAUGGAGUGAUGAUGAGGUGGAACUGCUAAAAAAACUUGUUGAGAAAUAUGGUGUUGGUAAAUGGGCUAAGAUUGCCACAGAAAUUCCAAACCGGAUUGACAGCCAGUGUUUGAACAAGUGGAAAUGGAUCGUGCGGACCACUGCUAAACAAGGUAUAAAAAGGGAAAUAAAAGGAUCAACGAAAUCAAAGUCAAAAAAGAGGAAAGUGACCAAGAAAAUGAUCAAAGAGGAAAGUGAAAUGGACUCCAAUUCUGAAGAUGAGAAAAUAAAAGUGGAGUACAUAGAUAGUGAUGGAGAAGAAAAAGGAUGUAACAUCCCCUCAGAAGAUGAGACAGACCCUAGGGAAGAGUACAUCCAGCCUGAUAUGAAGGAAUGGAUUCCGGUAGAUGGCAAGGAAAAAAUGCAUCCUAAAGCAACUGUGAGGACCAUGCUGGUCAGAUUGCCCACCAGGGAGGAAAGGCAAACUUCUGGAAUGAACAGUACAGAUGACAGAGAUACUGGAUGUCACUACAUACAGAACCACAUGCUAGCACGGAGUACCAUGCUGGACCACCUGGGAUAUCCAAUUAAGAUGUACAUGGGUAUAGAAUCUCAGCCUUUAGACAAGUGGGAUCUCUGCAAUGAAAGGGCCAUGAUCAAAGUGCCUAUACACGAUGUGAAAAAUUUGCUGAAGUGGAAGAAAACAUCUGCUGUGAAAGGGAGAACCAAGACCAAACCAUGCAUAUCUUCAGCUAAAAGACAGGUGAAUGCACAAAGUGAUGGACAAGAGACGAGCAGAAUUAAGAGUGGUCAGACAGUCAAACGCAGUCAAACCACUCGUAUCUCUAAGGCAGUAAUCAACGCUAACCUUGACUAUGCUCUCCUGAUAGCUGUUACUCCAUGGGUUGGCAAUGUGUUACUGCCCCUGCCUUUCAGCAAAAGGAAAGUCUGUGAAGCUGACAUUGCUCGAACAAGAGCAGCAGAUGUUCCUCUCACACGAACGGCAGUGUUUUUGCUUUUUCUGAAGGUUAUUCAGAUAGAUGCUGAAGGCUGCAAGAAAGUCAUUGAGGCUCAAAAAAACAAGCCAAGACCCCAACCAGCCAAGUGGUAUCCAUCUGUUAGGACAAGGACAGUGGCAAUGCUGCUUGCUCAAAAGGAGCAGGGGGAGAAGAACUGCUUUAAGGCCACACAACUCCCAGAUCCCAAGCAACCUCCACCAACCCCACAGACUAGCAAAUUACCAAUUCCUACAACUCCUCAACAGAACAAGAAACCUACUUCGUUGGCUCCCCAGAUUUAUACAAAUAUACAUCAGGGAGUUCUCACCCCACAGCCUGUUGGACCAGCAUUUUUACCUCUUCUGCAAUCAGAUACACAGGGUACAUCACACACUCUUCAGCCAUUAUUGCAGCUGGUAGUACCAGUAGAACCUGGUAAAUCAGUAGAGCUGGCAGCCCCUCCUACAAGCUCAAUAUCUAGCCCAUCCUCUGUUGUAGCUCCUACAGAGAAUGCAGAGAAAACAAGGACUUCAAAACGCAAAUGCAAACCCACAAUGAAAGCACAGGCUUUGAAGGAAAAUGUUAAAUCCAAAGCUUGCAGGAAACGGUCCGCUAAAAAUAACCAAAAUGGUGGUGAUGCCCCUACAGUUGCAGUAUUACCACAAACUACAGCUUGGAUUCUCACGUCUGCUGGCUUGAUGCCCAUUCAGCUAUCUUCCCCUGGGAUCGUUGGUAAUCAGAACAAAGUAAUACCCAACAGUGUUCCUCAUUUUUUACUUCAGCCACCUGUUGCAGUUAAACAGAAUCAGCUUGUCCGUGCUGUGGGGCCAAGCAAUCCAACAACUGUCACCCCAGCUGAUGUAGCAUCUCCAACAGCCAGACCAAAUCUUAAUCAGAUCCUUCCACCUUCAACAGUCUCAAACAGCCCCAAUGUUUCCUCUCUUUCUGCAGUUAAUAAUGUCCCAAACAUCUCCUCAGCUGUCACAAAUAAAAGUGUUCCUUUAGUCCCACCUUACACUACAAAUGUGCCCACAUCUGUCACCGCAUCUGCUGUCCAGGUGCCACCUCCUGAAAUCCAAUGUAAUCAAAACCAAAACAUUUCGAAUGUUGUCCCUCAAGUGCCAUUUCAGUCACCUAUAAUUUUGAGUCCUUCCAAUACUGUGAGACCUGUGAGUCCUUUCAAUUCCUCUCCAUCUCCAGUUGCAAAUGGAGCUCGUCUUACAUCUUAUCCUGUGGGAACAAGUCAGAAUUUCACAUCCAAUGCCACCAAAGUCUCUUUAACUCCAUCGGUUCAUAAUGUUGUCAGUGUCUCCACAGCCUCUACUGUCACAAGUGCACCUGUCAUCCCUCCAGUUCACCCUUUUCCAGCUUUGAACAUUUCCAGUCCAGUAGUCCAGAUGACGUCUCCUGUCAUCUUAGGUAAUCAGAAACAAAGAAUGUCAGACUGUGUUUCACAGGUCGUCGUUCAGCAACCUAUCAUAGUAAAUCAAAAUGGUUCUUUGGCACUCAUACGUGCUGCUAGACCUACAAAUAUCCUUCCAGCCCCUGUUGCAAAUAUUUCUAAAGUUCUACCCCGCCCUGCAGCAUCUUCAGCUUCUUCUGUUAAUAAUGUGCCUGGUGUACGUACUGCCAGGCCAGCUUCUAUUGCUGGGAGUGACAUUUCCACAGUUGCAGCAUCACAUGCUAUUCCGCAAGCCAAUUUUGUAUAUGGCCUCACAGUUCCCAACCAGCACAGCUUGCGAACCCCUUCAGUUGGGAUAUGUGCUAGUACGUCAGUCAGACUUAUGACCCCUAGUUGUCAAAUUUUGCCUAAGACUGUAGUACAGCAGACAGGCCUGCAGGCAAAAAAGCAGCCCCUUCAGACAGGAACCACCACAUCUAAUCCAAGCCCCAGACCUGGCACUUUGUCUUUUGACUUCAGCCUGAUGUUCCAUGAGGGUUCAGCUCAAGGGAAGAACUGGAUUCAGGGGAAUGAUGGAAUUUCACUGGCUCAACUGGAGAAAAAAAUGCCCUACCUCCCCCCAUUUGUCAGCAGCAUCAGUAAACUGGUCUCUUUGCUCAAGGCAAAAGAGUCUUUUUUGCAGGGAGCAGUGCAGCUUUUACCUGAAGAAGAACGAGCCAAAAGUGAGGAGGAAGCUAAGGUGGCUGCUAUACGGAAACUGGUAUCUGAGCGGUUUAAAAAUAACCCUGCAUACUCGCUUCUGAAGGCCCGCUUCUUAUCAUGUUUUACUUUGCCUGCCCUCUUGGCCACCAUACACCCAUGUAAAGAGAACAGAUUGCCUGGUUCAGCCAUGCUUAGUGAUGAUGAAGAAGACAAUAAGGAUGAAGUCAAGCUGAUGCAGGGUGGAAAUGAAGAUCAGCCUGCUGUGGUGUUGCUCAACACAAAUACAAGUGAAGCAUCAGCAACACAGUUCUCAGGGAUGAGUGCAAGAAAGCAAAGCAAAAGCCAUACUACUGCAUAAUGGGGAAUCAAGCAUCAUACUUUUUAUUUGAGAACAGGACAUUAAUAAAAGUUUUUUUUUUAAGUUUUUUUUUGGUUCUGUAAACUGUGAAGUUAUGCUAAUUAUGUUAUUGAAAUGUUGUGUGUUCAAUGCUAACUGUGCAUUUAAUUGCUUACACUAAAUUACAUAAUUGCUUUAAAAAGCUGCAAAAGAUCUAUAAUGUGUUUUAUGUUUUUGUCCAAAGAAUAGUUUGAAGCAAAUAUUUUUGAAUA